AUGCGUUACAUAGCAAGUAUCGGUUACAAACAGGAACUUCAGCGCCAUUAUUCUAGUGUUCAGGUGUUUGCUAUAGCCUUUAGCAUUAUGGGACUUCUCCCUUCUAUAUCCGCAACCUUAUGGUUCUCCGUUCCCGCAGGCCCAGUUGGAAUGGUUUGGGGAUGGUUCUCUGCAAGCGCUCUUAUUUUCGUUGUUGGAUUGGCAAUUGCUGAUCUCGGCUCUUCGCUCCCGACAUCUGGCGGUCUUUACUGGUGGACACAUUAUUUCGCAGCUGAACGAUAUAAAAACCCGCUGAGUUUCCUUGUUGGAUAUAGCAACACAAUAGGGUUGAUUGGGGGCAUCUGCUCAAUAGACUAUGGAUUCGCAUCCUUCAUUGUCUCACUUGGCACCAUCAGUAGUGAUGGGGAAUGGAUCCCUAGCAGAGGCCAACUCUAUGCGAUAUUCGUGGCAACGGUGCUCUGUCACGGUAUACUGGCGAGCUCCGCCGGAAGGGUCAUGCACCAUCUUCAGACUUGGUUUGUUGUCGCAAAUUUUGCCUUAAUUAUUGCAACAAUUAUCGCCUUGCCCGUCAGCAUGCGAUUGCGCAACAUCCCCAUCAAUUCAGGCAGCUACGUGUUCAGCUAUUCGAUCAAUGAGACGACGUGGCCAUCGGGGUGGGCCUUUAUGCUAUCUUGGCUCUCUCCAAUCUGGACAAUCGGAGCAUUUGACUCUUGUGUGCAUAUGAGCGAGGAGGCUAAAAACCCAACAAAGGCAGUGCCGAUCGGUAUUCUCGCCUCAAUUGGAGGCUGCUGGAUAUUCGGCUUCCUUGUGACUGCAGUGCUAGCUGCCUGCGCCGGUAACAACUUUGAGGAAAUUCUGGCCACACCUUUUGGCCAGCCAAUAGCUCAGAUCUACUACAAUGCUCUGGGGAAAAGCGGUGCCCUGGGCUUUAUGUCUGCUAUCUCAAUCUUACAGUUUUUCAUGGGACUCAGCAUUGUUGUGGCAGCGUCUAGACAGACCUGGGCAUUCUCUCGCGAUGGGGCAUUGCCGUUUUCUUCAUUCCUCAGACAGAUAAGCAAAACAUUCGGGUAUCAGCCAUUGAGAACUGUGUGGGCUACUUGUCUGACGGCAAUCAUUAUUGGCCUACUGUCCUUAAUCAACAAUGCGGCUGCAAACGCCCUUUUCUCGCUCGCAGCUGCCGGCAAUAACGUUGCUUGGGCAAUUCCAAUAUUGUGCCGCAUACUCUGGGGAAGAGAGAAAUUUCGCCCAGGGCCGUUUUACACCGGCAGAUUUAGCGUUGCUAUCUCAAUUGCUGCCUUGAUGUAUUUGACUUUCUCAACAAUAUUAUGCAUGUUCCCGACCGAAGGACCAAAUCCUGAUCCAUCCGUCAUGAAUUACUCCGCAGUUGUGAAUGGAACAGUGUGGGGAGGCGCAUUGCUCUAUUAUUUUCUCUACGCUCAUAAAUGGUUUAAAGGUCCUAAACACACUCUGGACAUCAUGGAGAAUGAAGAUGAUAUCUAG